UUGGAAUAAUUGGAAACGAAUUAGCAGAUACAUUUGCAAAGAGUGCGAGUAAGAGAAGUGAAAUUGAAUUGAAAGUUAAGUAUAGUAAAAGUGAGAUAAAGAGUAUAAGUAAAAUAUAUUACAAGAAGAAGUGGCAGGAACAAUGGGAGGGUGAAAAGAAGGCAAGGUUUUAUUAUAGUAUUCAAAAAAAAGUGGGGGAGUGUAGAAAGGAAAAUAGGAAUAAACAAGAGGAAGAUAUUAUAUCUAGGUUAAGAUUUGGACAUGUAGGGCUAAAUAGUACUUUGAAAAUAAUAAAUAAACAUAGUACGGGGUUAUGUAAUUUUUGUGGAAAGUUGGAAACAGUUGUACAUAUUUUUAUGGAAUGUAAUAAAUAUAAUCUAGAAAGAGAGGAAUUAGUAGAAGAGUUAAAUAGGAAUAAAGUUAAAUUAAAUAUUAGAGAUCUGCUACAAAAAUCUUCUGGAGAUGUGGUUUUUAAUUCCGUAUUUAGGUUUCUUAGAAAAACAGGUCUAAUAGGGAGAUUAUAGGGUUUAGGCAUCUGGUUCAUACUCCAGUCCAGAAGGUGGCGGUAAUGCACCUGACAGUUGUUUGCCAACCGCCAUAAAACAAAAAAGAAGAAGAAGAAGAAGAAGAAGAAACUGCGUCACAGGAUUUUCUGUUUCUCCAUCUUGGGUCAUGCGGGGGGACAACGCGGCCUGGUUUUCAUGAUUAGGUGAUAAUUCGGUUCAGAAAACGAAACGGAUGGUGAAGAAGAGUUGAGCGUGAGGCGCAGAGUGGCCAUUUCCUUUUGAGGAUUCGUUGUGGGAUCAUCUGUGAACUCCAUUGUCCUGCUGGGCCCACAAGUUGAUCUUGCCACCAGUUCACCCAUCACUCUGGUUGUGAAGAGGCGCGGUCUCCAUUAGAAGAAAUGGAGCAUCGAGGCAAAACGCUGGGUGCUGAUUUCAACCCCAUAGUGCUGCUGCAUAGAUUAGAUGCUCAGCAGAUGUUGCUGCUUAAAGAAGAUGCUCCUGAAGAACAUGGACCAGGUUUUGACAUACAAGGUCCAGAGUCUCUCUCACCAACCAUGAAUGAGGAUGAUGAAGAGUUUCUCCUGUCCUCACACCUUCAUCAGCACCACAUACAAGACAGAGAGUUACCAGUAGAUCACUGUGAAGCAGCAGAACUCAAGAAGAAAACGCUAGACUCAAUGAGGAAAGUUCAGGUUGAACUGAAGAUUAGCUGUGAUGACAAUGGUAAAACAUGUAAAAAAAAUCUAUCAUCAAAAAGACAUGCGAGAACCCUAGCAGGACAUAAACAUCUCUGUAAAUUGUGUGGACACACAUUUAACGAAAGAAGAAACUUAGACAGACACAUGAGAAUCCACACAGGAGAGAAACCUUUCAGUUGUCAUCUGUGUGGAUACAGGUGUAGCAUAAAAUCAAGUUUAAACCAACACAUGAGAAUCCACACAGGAGAGAGACCUUUCAGUUGUGAUCUUUGUGGAUACAGAUGUAGCAUGAAAUCAAAUUUAAGCCAACACAUGAGAAUCCACACAGGAGAGAAACCUUUCAGUUGUCAUCUUUGUGGAUACAGGUGUAGCAUAAAAUCAAGUUUAAAUGUGCACAUUAAAACCCACACAGGGGAGAAACCAUUUAGCUGUGGUUGUUGUGGAUUCCGAUUUGGCAGAAAAUCAAGUUUAAAGGAACACAUGAAAACCCACACAGGAGAUAAACCUUUCAGUUGUGAUGUUUGUUUGCGAAGAUUUAGUCAGAAAGGUGCCUUGAGCUUGCACAUGAGAAUCCACACAGGAGAUAAACCUUUCAGUUGUGAUCUUUGUGCAUAUAGAUGUAGCCUAAAAUCAAGCUUAAAUAUACACAUGAGAAUCCACAAAGGAGAGAAACCUUUCAGUUGUGGUCUUUGUGGAUACAGAUGUAGCCGAAAAUCAAGCUUAAAUAUACACUUGAGAAUACACAAGGGAGAGAAACCUUUCAGUUGUGAUCUUUGUGGACACCGAAGUCGCAAAAAAUCAAAUUUAAAUGAACACAUGAGAAUCCACACAGGAGAAAAACCUUUCAGUUGUGAUCGUUGUGCAUACAAAUGUAGCACAACAACAACCCUGAAGGCUCACAUGAGAAUUCACACAGGACAUAAACCUUUCAGUUGUGAUUUUUGUGGAUACAGAUGUAAUAUAAAGUCUAGUUUAAUUAUACACAUGAGAACCCACACAGGAGAUAAACCUUUCAGUUGUGAGUUUUGUGGAUACAGAUGUAGCGUAAAGUCUAGUUUAACUGCACACAUGAGUACCCACACAGGAAAUAAACCUUUCAAUUGUGACUGUUGUGGAUACAGAUGUAGCAGAAAAUCAAGUUUAAACCAACACAUGAGAAUCCACACAGGGGAUAAACCAUUCAGUUGUGAUCUUUGUGGACACCGAAGUCGCAGAAAAUCACAUUUAAAUAUACACAUGAGAAUCCACACAGGAGAGAAACCUUUCGUGUAAAAUUAAGUUUAAAACAACACGAGAACCCACACAGGAGAGAAACCUUUCAGUUGUGAUCUUUGUGGUUACAAAUGUAGCGUAAAAUCAGGUUUAAAUGUACACAUGAGAAUCCACACAGGAGAGAAAUCUUUCAUUUGUGAUAUUUGUUUGCAAAGAUUUAGUAUAAAAGGUAAUUUGAAUAAACAUUAAAAUCCAUACAGGACAGAAACCUUUCAGUUGUGAUCUUUGUGGCUACAGAUGCAGCAAUAAAUCAAGUUUAAACAAACACAUGAGAAUCCACACGGGAUAAACCUUUUAGUUGUGAUGUUUGUUUACAAAGAUUUUGUCUGAAAGGUCACUUGAACCAGCACAUGAAAAUCCACACAGGAGAAAAGCCUUUUGGUUGUGAUCUUUGAGGUUAGAGGUGUAUCAGAAAAUCACAUUUAAAUGCACACAUGAAAAUCCACACAGGAUAAACCUUUCAGUUGUGAACUAUGUGGAUAUCGAUGAAGCCAGAAAUCAUAUUUAAAUUUACACAGGAGAGAAACCUUUCAGUUGUGAACUCUGUGAAUACAGAUGUAGCGUAAAAUUAAAUUUAAACUGACACAUGAGAACCCACACAGGAGAGAAACCUUUAAGUUGUCAUCUUUGUGGAUAUAGAUGUGGGGCAAAAACAAGUUUAAAUGAACAUAUGAGAAACCACACAGGGGAGAAACCUUUCUGUUGUGAUCUUUGUGAAUACAGGUGUAGUGUAAAAUCAAAUUUAAAUGUACACUUGAGAACCCACACAGCAGAGAAACCUUUCGGUUGUGAUCUUUGCCAAUACAGAUGUAUCAGAAAAUCACAUUUAAACACACACAUGAGAAUCCACUAAAGAUAAACAUUCUAGUUGUGAUAUUUUAGGGACAGGAAAUAAGGACAAAUUAUAUUUUAAAUGGAAGACUUUAAAUAAAAAGAUAGUUAUUCAGCUGUGAGUGUUGAAGUCUAUAAGACGCUAAUGAGAGUGGAAACGAAUUUAAAAUGGUAUUGUUGCAGAGCUUAUUGUGGAGAAUUUCUGUGCUAUUAAAGAUGAUUUUUGUUUUUUCGGAUGUUUCUCUUCCAGUCACGGUUUGAUUUGAUUUUUAUAAGCAUAUUAUAGAAUACACUAGGCAUUUUCUGUUGUAUUGCUGUGAAAUGUGAUUUCUCACUGAGUUAAUACUAAUGAAUCAUAAUUAUUUUCUUUACUGCAUUUUCGUUAUUCCUGUAGAUACGGCUGUGCUACAUAUGUUCUCUAAUCAUGUUAACUGCUUUAUUAAUUGACGAAUUUGCCUGUUAUAUAUUUUCAAUAAAGUAAAAUGACUAAAUGCAA